CACCGUCUACUCCCAUCGCGAAAAACACUCCCAUUUCCCUUUCCUCUCUACAUGUUGUUGAUGGUGUAUUUGGUUAUUUAAACUUUCUCCGUGUCUAUUAGGCUACUAUUCAGACAUGUAUGUACGACGGCGACAUGUCGUCGUGUUUCUGUGGUGUGCGAUGUUUACUGUUGGGCUGACAGAAGGCAGGAGCCUGCGCACGAGACGCAGCGACUGUGAAUACGGGACUUAUCCGCACGAGGGAAGAGAGUGCUGCCUCUGUCCCACAGGUAAAAGGGUCUUGAAAGACUGCACAGAUACAAAUGAAACAGAUUGUGAGCUGUGUGAGCAUGGCACCUAUAUGGAUCACCUGAACAGUGAGAACGAAUGCUGGCCUUGUAAAGUCUGCGAUUCCAAUGCAAACAUGGAAGAAAAGGACAAAUGUUCGCUAUAUUCCAACACUGUCUGCAAGUGCAAGAAUUCUUUUUACUGUGACAAUGGUAACCUGUGCAAGAUCUGUUAUCAAUGUGACACGUGUGAGAAAUAUGGAGUGAAAAAAAGUUGUACAGAGACCAACAACACUGUGUGCCAUGAUGCCAAAGAGCCUGAAAACCACCAAGGGGCCACUGUAGCUGGUUUGGUAUUACUACUCAUAGUUGUGGGUGGUGUUAUUUUGGUGGUCCUUUGGCUACAGAGAAACAAAAAGUAUUGUUUUAAGGGCAGACCUAUCGAUCCGAAACCCCCGACACUGGAAGAUUUAGACCUGGACCCUCACCUACUAGAUAUUGUUGACGUUCUGGACUGGAAAACGGUGAAACAUAUUGCCAGGCACAGUGGCAUGAGGAAAGCUGAAAUGGAGGAGCAUGAGCUUAACAACAAAAAUGAUGUGAAAGAACAGAAAUACGCACUUCUGCAUGCUUGGUACGAGAGACAAGGUUUAUGUGGAGCCUACCCAGCUCUCAUCAAUACGCUGUAUGAAAUGAAGCAACGAAAAACAGCAGAUGAGAUCCGGAAAAUUGUUGAGAAGGGACAGAACUGAAUGAGGUGCCAAGUAAAUAUGCACAGUGUUUAAAUAUAGGAUUUUUCCCUUGACAUUAGAUAUGGAGGAAUAUGGAUAACAGCCAUAUUGUGAUUUUACUUUUCAUCUUGUUUAAAUAAUGAGGCCGCUGGAGUGAUUUGGAAAUUAGCGACACCUGCUUUACUCACCGGUCUCGCGUCCCACGGAGGAGAUCUGAAGGAUACAACAGAGGAGCGACGAUGGUGAAGGACUAGAGAGGAUCAGGCCUGGGCUUUAUUUUGUGUUUUGUUUUCAUAUAUGCACGGCAGUCGUCCACGAGGGGCUGUCACGCUGUUUUGUGUUUAUUUUAUUCUUAAAGUCUCAUUUAAAUGUCCGUCGGUUCCCGCCUCCUUCUUCCCGUGAUGGUGGAGUUGGUUUACUGUUGUUUACAUACAUUAAGAGGACAUACUUAUGUUUUUUUUUUUUUUACUGCACAUCAUGGUGAAGUCCAGCAAAGAGUCUAUCCAUGCAGUUGCAGAAUAAUCUCUGGAAAAGUAUGACUGGAAUUCCACAAAAAAAGAUGGAAACACAUGAAACCAGCAUGAAAAAUUGCAGAUUCGAGAAAGCAAUAUGAUAAAGGUCUUCUAUUGCACAGUGCAACAUUCAUUUUAUUCCUUUUAAGUACAAUGUUUUUAUCAAAAUCCAAUUGAUCCAUGAUUUUCCUAGUAGAAUUUAAUAACAUAAGAUUAUCAGAAUCUUGUUUGAGUUUAAGGGCGAUUUCUGCAGCCUUUAGUUUAAUUUGGUCUCACAUUAAUCUGGCAGACACAGAAGUGACAUUUAAAUCCUGGUAAAGGUGAGACGUGAUUAAGAAUGAACCUAGUGACUUGACAUGUGCAAAUGGUGGUGAGGAAACAUCCGGCCCCUGGAGCGCCCACUGAACGUAGGGAUUUUUCAUUCAUCUCUAGACAUAUGCUGGACAAGAUGCUUCCUCUCUUCACCCUCUCCCUCACUCUCUCACUUCUAUUAGACUCUUGUUUCCUCAUCAGUCAAGGUUUAGCUGGUUUUGCUCUCUCCAGCUCUGUUUGGGACAUACUUGCUGUUUUUCUCUCAUUUCUUCUGUUCCUUCUUGCUUUCAUUUAUAAGGAGCAAUCUAAAUCAGUCUGUAAAAAAAUGGUUAUUGUGAACUUGCUUCAAUUGACACUGUGGUGCACUGGAAUAAAUGCUCACUUAUGUCUCGGAGAUAAAUGGGACAGUUCAGCCA